AUGCCACAAACGGUUUACAUAACACUACUUGGGAAACAAGGAGUUGGAAAAACUUCCACAGACAAUAGAUUUCAUUUUGGAAAAUUUAUUGAACAUUACAAUCCACCGAUUAGUACUUCCGAGAUACCAAAUCGCGUUUUAAAAGUUUUAGACCAUGACAUCAGUGUUGAAGUUUUGGAUGUUGUUGGUGAUGACGAAUUUUCUUUUGGAGAAUACGACUUUAUUAAAAAGGGUGAAGGGUUUAUAUUGUUUUACGCCAUAAAUUCAAAAAAGUCAUAUUUGCAAGUUCAAAGCAAAUAUAACAAAAUACUUCAAAUCAAAGAUAUGAUGGAAGAAGAACUCCCACAGAAGUAUUGUCUUGUUUUAUGUGGUAAUAAAAUUGACUUGUCUUGUGAACGAACUGUUGAAAAAGGCGAUGGACAAGAUUUGGCAAAUAAACUUAAUGCUACAUUUUUCGAAGUUUCCGCUAAAACUGGUGAACGAGUUGAUGAGAUGUAUAAUCACAUCGUCUAUAGUGUUUUUUUGGAAAAACAAAAAGAUUUUAAUACCAUCAAAAAGAAGAAGAAAAAAUGCAUUUUAAUGUAA